AUGCUGAUUGUGGAUUGUGAUAACUGCCGGCAGCCAGUAAUCGCUUCAACAGUUUUCAAAAAUAGCAUUAAAAUGAAAAAUAAACAAACGAAACAAACCAAAAAGAAAUACAAUGGAAAGAAGUCUAUAUCUUUUUCGAUCGGCAAGAUAUUCCUCGUUUUCUUAUUAUUAGGAGGUGUAGUAUCAUACUAUAUUUAUAAAAUGAUCAUGACAAUCCCUGAUCUACCAAAAAUAGAUAUGAAUGAAUAUUGGGGUCCAUACCCCAUGGACUUAAAACAAGAUUUGUCAAUACGACCUUACCAGAUAGAAUUUUCAGAUUAUAUUGUUGAGGACCUCAGAGAGAGGCUUCUUCAUCGGAGACCCUUUGUUCCUCCUCUAGAGAACUCUGGAUUCACUUAUGGCUUCAAUACCAACUUUUUAACCAGAGUUCUAGAUUAUUGGCAAAACAACUACAAUUACAAAGACAGGGAACAAUUCUUUAAUAAAUACAACCAUUAUAAAACAAAUAUCCAAGGCCUGGAUAUCCACUUUAUGCAUGUGAAACCAAAUGUCUCCUCUGAAAUUAGUGUGGUACCUCUGUUACUUCUGCAUGGCUGGCCAGGAUCUAUAAGGGAGUUUUAUGAAAUAAUUCCAAAACUAACAACACCCACACCUGGAUACAAUUUUGUCUUCGAAUUGAUUGUGCCAAGUUUACCUGGAUUUGGUUUUUCACAAGCUGGAGUUCGACCAGGUCUAAGCGCUUCAAAAAUGGCCGUUAUUAUGGCGAAUCUAAUGAAAAGAAUUGGCCAUGAACACUACUACAUUCAGGGUGGUGACAUAGGACAUCAUGUGGGCUCAGUGAUGGCAACAUUGUUCCAAGAUAAAGUACUUGGUUUUCAUACUAAUAUGGCAACAGUCAUGUUUGGUACAAUGGCAAAUUUCUAUAUACUCUUAGGUUCACUUUGGCCAAGUCGUAUUAUGGAACCGGAAAUGCAAAGUCGUAUGUAUCCAUUGAGUGAGCAUUUCACAUGGUUACUAGAGGAAUCUGGCUACAUGCAUUUACAGGCAACUAAGCCUGAUACUAUUGGUGCAGCCUUAACAGAUUCACCAGCAGGGCUAGCAGCAUACAUUCUGGAAAAGUUCUCAACAUGGACCAAUCCUGACUUUAGGAAGGCUAGCGACGGAAACCUACUGGCGAAAUAUUCACUAACCCAUCUCCUGGACAACAUCAUGGUGUAUUGGGUGUCCAAUAGCAUUACAACAUCAUUGAGAGUAUAUGCUGAGACCUUAAACAAGAAGGAGCUUUCUUUGAGCUUUGAUAAUAUCCCAACAACAGUGCCAACAUGGGGCAUCAAAUUCAAAAACGAGCUGAUAUACCAUCCAGAUUUCAUUCUAAAGAUGAAAUACAAGAACUAUCUCCAAAGCACGGUCGUGGAGGAUGGGGGACACUUUGCUGCAUUUGAGAACCCCCACAUUAUGGCGAAAGAUAUAUUCCAAGCGGUGGAUACAUUCAGACAAUUCCAUUAUGACAAGAGCACAUUAUCACCCGCAACGGAUAGCAAUCUACCAAUUUACGAGACUGCAAAAAAUAUUUACGAGUUCACCGUAAAGGACAUCCAUGGCAAAGAAAUCAAGCUGGAAAAGUACAGGGGCCAAGUGGCAAUAAUAGUAAAUGUGGCAUCUGAAUGUGGACUAACUGAUAAAAAUUAUAAGCAGCUAAACGAAUUAUACGACAAAUAUUCGACAACGAAGAAUCUGAGGAUACUAGCCUUCCCAUGCAACCAGUUUGGUGGGCAGGAGCCGGGGACUGUUAAAGACAUAUUGACAUUCACAAAGAACAAAGGUGUCAGGUUUGAUCUAUUCGAGAAGGUCGAUGUGAAUGGAGAAAGUGCACAUCCACUAUUUAAGUACCUAAAACGGGCACAAAGUGGAACAAUGGGCGAUUUUAUUAAAUGGAAUUUCUCUAAGUUUAUAGUUGAUAAAAAUGGUGUCCCUGUUGAAAGACUAGGGCCAAAUGUUGAUCCAUUGGACAUGGAGCCUUUGUUGGCUAAAUAUUGG